AUCGAGUUUGUCCCUGAGCAUACGAGGACGAAAGUGUUUGGCAGCACCAUACACCAACUGUGUAUAAAAGCGGCUCGGCUCUAAAAACUUCAUCAAUACUACUCCACCAUGAAAUUCACUUCACUCACCACUAUUAUCAUUUCUGCCGCAGCAAUGGCUGGAAUAGCUAUCGCAUCUGAAGACUUGACAAUAGAUCCCAUUGGCUUUCCCUGCUCCCCCAGCAAUUCAUACCGCUGCGAGAAGGCCUUCGGGACUUUUAACAACGGCAACGAUUUCGCGUAUUACUGCGGACUUAAUGGCAAGAUCGCAAAAUAUGUAAAAUGUGACUGCAAGAACUGUUGUGUCCAGCUACCUGGUUACCAGUUCAACUGUCCGCACCACGAAGUGAGCCUGUCUUUCCAUGCUGCCUUUCGAGUCCGAGUGUUGAUAUGCUUGAUUAGCCAGUUGUGCGAACUCUGUAACGUGGCAUGGGGAUAUUUAAUUCGGUCUCCGGUCUCCGGUCAGCGAGUUCAGGCUCAGCGACAAUUUAUGUUGCAUCAAUAUCGCUUGAAUUGCCAGAGUUUCGCCACCUGACUUGUGUUAUGUGGCGGCGUCCGCCUUAUGUCAAUUUCAAAUCCCAUCAUGAUCCAUGUCAAGCUUCCUCACGGGCCUCAGGCCUCAGCCAUGCCGCCUCAGCAUGCUAAUCAUAUUAAAGUUACUAUUCUGAUUCAUGUCUUGUAUUAGAAAACCUAUUACAUAUGCAAUCCGAGUCUAGGCUCUGUUCUAACUUCUG